AUGUUCCACCUCUUCUCCCACUGCUGGUCGUGGCUGCAGGCCAUACAGGAACCCAUCAGGAAGGUGACCCUCCUUGUCGUGGGGCUGGACAACGCGGGGAAAACCUCUGUCAUUAUGGACAUAGAGAGAGCGCUGCCCGGUGAGGUGCUGCCUGCGGCGCAGCCCGGCCAGACCCGCCUGCGGCUGGACAGGUUCGAGGUGACGCUGCUGGAGCUGCCCGGGGCCCAGCGCUACCGCAGCACUUGGCGCAGCCACUACAGCUCAGCCCACGGGCUGCUCUUCAUCCUGGACUCGAGUGAUCUGGCCCGGAUGGAGGAGGCCCGCAAGGUCCUGAGCCGUGUCCUGAGCCACCCUGAUAUCUCUGGGAAGCCCAUUUUACUGUAA